AUGGGCCGAGUUGGCUACAGCUACAUAUUUGUACAUCGCCUGCUGCUGCUGCUGCUGCUGCUGCUGCUGCUGCUGCUGCUGUCAUCGCCCACAGAUGCAGUUGGGUCUACCGUCACGGGCGAGCCCUCCGAAAUCCGGCGGUCGAGGAUGAGCGUGGCGACGGCGGGGCAAUCCUCCGACACCCGCAUCCGACUCCGUUGCGCGGAGGGACCUCGGCGCCGAGGCCAGGCGCGCGAUUUACCACCAAGCGCUGGCUCCUCGGGCAAAACGCUGGACACGGAACGAACUCGGACCGCACCUGCCAUGACGGUUCUCGACCCUCGAGCGUGCUAA